AUGGAUGCGCUCAUGUCCCGCCUGGACGCCCUCGUCCUCAAGCCCGAGUUUGCGCCGUUUUUGUCGCUGUUGAAGGGUGCGCGCAAUGGUGUCGUCUACGGGUCGAAAGUGCGGUUUCCGCACGCGCUGGUCAUGAUCUUUUUGUUCCGAUCGGGCACAUUCCGAGAAAAGGUCAAGCUCGUCCUCAAAGCGACCCGCCACCAUGCUCGAAACCUUGCCACGUUCGCCAUGAUCUAUAAGGCCUCCAUGAUCGUUCUACGAAACAUUAGCCCCGCAGGAUCAGGGAAGGAAGGCCGUUACGACAGCUUCUUCGCGGGUUUGUUGGGUGGGUAUGCGGUCUUCGGCCGGCAGCGGGGAAGCAUUAGCCAGCAGAUCGUCAUCUACGUCUUCGCCCGCGUUAUGCUCUCCCUCGCGAAACUCUCCGUCCAACCCGACAUGCACCCUCUCUCCUCCCUCAUCACCCCCGAAGCCCGAGCCCAGAUUACCCAGAAUGCCUGGCCCGCUUUUGCCAGUCUGAGCUGGGCAUUCGUUAUGUAUCUUUUCCGAUGGUACCCCGAUACUCUAGCGUCCAGUUUGCGGAGUAGCAUGGUCUACAUUUAUGCGGAUUCGGAUCACUGGGACUCAUUCCGGACCCUGUUCAUACACAAUAAAUGA